AUGGAUCCCACAUUACUUCAGCAUUCUUCCCCAUUUGACUUUCCAAUUUCUUCCGAAUCCAAAUAUCUCGGCCAGGGGCGUCCCUUCUCAAAUCCCUCCUACCCUGCCAAUGACUUUCCAUACUCCGGACGAAGGCCGCAAAGUGCCCUGACGAACGGUGCACCCGGAGCGGGAGUGGCCAUCUCUUCCAACUCCAAUCUGGACUUCAAUAGUAGCUCCCUACUGAAUGAAUCACCGUUUCACUCGCACACCCAGGAAACGCAGCUCCUGCUGAGUCCUCCCGAUUCCAGCAGUGGCUCGGCGAGCGCGAGUGGCAACUCUACAGCUUCCUCCAUCGUCUUCACGACUCUUCCCAAGCCAUUCCCCAGCAAUGCAGGCCCGACAGACCAUUUUCCGAGCGCACCUCCAUCGGUUCUCUCGUCCAACUGGGCAGGGUCUGCAAUGACGGUAAUGGACCGUCCUCGGUUCCCUCCGCCUUUGUCACCUCCUGUGAACUACAAUUCGGCAAACGGCAUGGGAACUGCGUUGUUGAGUAAUAGGCCCAUGGUGGACCGGCUGCCACCCUCCUAUCAACCCAAUGGACAUUCGUCAAUAAGUCCAGGGCUAUUCCAACAGCCAGGGCCCAGGUAUCCACCCAGCACUUAUCAUCGAAAUAGCAUCGGCCAUCCAUACAUUGCUGACGGUCUAUAUCCGGGACAAAACAUGUCAGCCUCUAUCCACGAGCAACCAAGCCCUGCCAAGCAGGACGGUCCGCCAUUCGGGGACACGGUCGUUCUAUAUCCGGUGCUCACCGUACGCAACCAGCAACUGAUCCCCGAGAUCACAGCUAGUAUACAGAAGGGGUUCUUUCAGGUGGACCGGAAGUGGACUUGUUACCGACGGAAUUACUUUGCAGUGACCUGCUCCUUUGCGUUCAAGAACCAUGGGGCCGAAGGGCCAUUCUACCUGCAAAGGAAUGGGCACGAAGAACAAAUCCAUCAAUUUGCCGUCUCCAUCUCGGCCAAAACAGCACUGACGGGGAAUGGGGAGAGCGAAAGUCGCGGUCUUGUUCAGCAUACGCCCAAGAGAGACAAGGCCACCGAGUCGGUUCCGGGCAGACACUUGAUUUCACCCACGCCCAACCAGUCAAUGGGUCCCAAUGGCGUGUACUUGGGUGCAGGCUCAUUGUACGGCGGUUCGCAGCAUAUGUCAUCAGCAAUGAUGGGGAGUUAUGGAGGGGCUUUUGAGAAUUCCAGCGCCAACUCCAUUCCCCCAUUGCACACUUUCGAAAGAAUUCAGUUUCAGAAGGCUACCGCCAACAACGGGAAGCGCCGUGCACAGCAGCAAUAUUUCUUGGUGGUGGUCGAGCUAUCGGCGAAUAUCGCGCGGUCGCCCGGUGAGGAGAACUGGGUCGUGAUUGCAACCAAAGAGUCGGACCCCAUGGUUGUCCGGGGCAGGUCCCCCGGACACUAUAAGGAUAAUGGACGCCGGGACAGUCAGACCAGUAUGGAUCCGGAUCGAGGCAGCGGACACGGGGCGGCCGAGGGUGCGCCGCCAGGGUCCCUUCCGCCGGGCAGCUAUGGGCAUCCGUCCAUGAGCUGGAUGGCCGGUCAUCGUCACAACGCACAUACUCAUUACGGCGGGUCCGGGUCCACCUAUCGCCAGGCCCAGGCUAUGGAAAAUGAGUACUCGCCUGCGAGCAUGGCCUCGUCAAGCACUCUGACUGAAACGUCGACCGAAGCCGAUCUCAAUCCCUCCGAGACGCUCUCCAAGAAGUCGUCUUGCACUUUCUCGCCCGAUCGCUCCGUCUCAACCCCGCGGUCGGAGAGCAGUGAGGACGCGCUGUUCAACCUUGACGGAGGACACCACCACCACACCCUGACGCGGAAACGGGCCUAUGAGGAUGACGACGGGGACGCUCAUUUGCACUUCCAUCUUCCAGCCCCCUUCACCGACAGCGUCUCGUCCCUGAGUGAUUUCUCCACAAUGCCAUACUCGAAGCUCCUGUGUGCAUCUUGA